AUGAGAUAUGCAUAAAAUAGCUAAAGUGAAUUCGUUUUAGGGAUAGCCUUUUUGGUUUUAGGUAUGAUUUACACAGCAAUAUUUUGUUUUGGAGUGAUUAGAUAUUGCAAAAUGGGAAAGAAAACAAAAUACUUGGGAAAGAUCUUUUAUCUGUCAAUUGUAUUUUCUUGUUUAGCCUAUAUGUUGAAUAUGGCUUUAUAUUUAUAUGACGUAUAAAUACAAAUGUAAAAUAGAUUUUCAAAGAAAAUACUGAUGAUUAUAUUUUGAGCAUAGAAAAAUAGCUGUUAAAUACAAUAUACAUUCCUGAUGGAUUAUUUUGGAUAGUUUAUUAAUCAUUAUUUUGGACAGUUGUUUGUUUGCAUUAUGAUUCACAUUUACAUAUUGGAUAAUAGGAUGAACUUCCAUAUAAUCCAAAUAUGUUAAUUCAUGUAAUGAAAGACAUUUUUUUAAUAUAUGGAAUAGCAUAAUUAAUAGUUGUAUUGUUAUAUAAUUUUGAUUAUAUUGAGGCAUAAGUACUAUUUUAUAUAAAUAUUGUCAUCAAUUUAUCCAUACCAGUGUAAUUUAUCAUAACAUCAUUAUAUUUAUAAUAUAAAUAUUCAGGAUCCCCAUUUAAAUCAUCAAAAUAAGAAAAUAUUUCAAAUAGAUUAUAGAAAUUAAUAUUUUAUUGGACAAUUCUAAGAGUAAUUUAAAUAAUAAGCAAUUUUUUAUUAAUGGAAAAUUAGGAAAUGAUAAAGAAAUUCUUUUCAUCUGAUUUGAGUCAAAAUUAAUUAUUACUUUACAUAUCAUUACUUAUAAUUGAUUUAUUAUUGGCAAAUAUAUUUCCAUUUAUAUUGGCUUUAAGAUAAUAAACAUUUUCUAUAUUUUUGGGAAAUAAGAAUGUUACUAUGAGUACUAUUUCAGAACAUCCUAUGCGUUAAUAAUUUUUAAAUAAUGAUAGCUCAGUAAUGGAAAGAAAAUAGAUUCAAUUUGAUUAUAAUGAGUUAUUAAAAUAGGUUGUAAAUCCAUAAAUAAAAAGAUAAAAACCUAAUGGAUUUGGUUACAUUCUAGUUUGUCAAAUCUAAUCAAAAAAUUAUGGAAUGAGAAUAAUUGAAUUUAAAUAAUUAUAAACAUAUUUGAUUGAACAAUUAAAAUAAGAAAUAGAAUAAGUAAAUUAAUUAAAUCAUUAAUAUCUUUAUCAUAUUCAUGGAUAUAAUAUAGUUGAUAAUAAGGUAGUAUAUUUAAUUAAAUUUUAUUAAUAUUCAUUACACAAUUAUUUAUUAUAAUAUUAGACUUCAAUAGAAGAAAAGAUUGAGAUUUUAAUUUAAUUAUUACGUGGAAUUAGUUAUCUUCAUAAAUAACGUUUAUGUCAUGGAAGUUUAACAACAGAAAAUGUAAUGAUUAAAUCAAAUGGAAGAGUUAAAAUAAGUAUAAUUAUAAUAUUUAUAUUAUCAAGUUGAUUUUGGUCUUUUUGGAAUCAAAAAAUAUUAAUCACUAUUAUAAAGUUAUACAAAUAAAACAGGAUUUACUGCUCCAGAAUUGAUAAUGUAACGAGGUUAGAUUGUAAGUGGAUCAUAAGAAGGAGACAUAUAUAGUAUUGGUAUGAUAAUGUAUGAAAUGUUUGAAAAGAAAGUACCAUUUGAAGGAUUAUAACUAUAAAAUAUAUAGGAAUGUCUAAAUAAAGCUGUAAGACCUAAGAUAGAAUCAAAAUCCUUGAUGGAUGAUAUAAUCAGAUGGUGUUGGCAAUAAGAUUUUGAGAAGAGACCAAAAGUUGAUUAGUUAUUAAAUGUAAUUGAAAAUAUAUAAAUAAAAUGAGUGGUACAAUAGUUGUGGGGUCAAAUAUUUAUGAGACUGAAUUUUUGGAUGAAAUUUAUAUCUAUUAUGGCAAUAAGACUACUAAUACCAUUAGCUUUAAGGAUGGAUUGAUUAUUAGUACAAACAAAUUGGAAUUACCAGAAUAUAAAUUUAAUAGAUCUGAAUAAGGAGAAAUCAUCAUGACUAUUAUUAAGGAAGCCAUGAAUCUAUUAGAAUAUUAAAAGUUAUCAGAUAUAGGUAUAAUUAAUAUGUUUGAAUUACAAUAUGUAAAUCAAUUAAAAUCAUAUCCAUCCUUAAAAUUUCAAUUGAUGGAUAGAGAAUAACCAUCAAUAUUAAUGGAUGUUCGUAAAUCAUAUUUUACAAUACAAAAUUGUUAUCAAAUUAUUAAAACUUUAAAUAAUAUUGAUCCAUCUACAUAUUUUAAGAAUAAAUAUGUUUUAUUGAGGUACCCUGAAAAAAAAAUGAUUGUUCAAAUUAAAUCAGUUGUUUUUGAUUAAGAGUUUACAUAUAAAGGUUAAUAUUUAGAAGACUACUUUAAAUAAAAAUAUUAAUUAAGAAGCAAAUCAAAUGUUUAUUUAGAAACAUAUAACACAUAAAAUAUUAAGAAAUAAUUCUUAAUUGCAGAAUUUUGUGAAUUGAAAAUGGAACAUAUUGAAUAAGAUGUUACUAUUUAUUGUUAAUAAUUAGAUUAUUGGAAUAGAAUUAUUAACAAUAGUUCAUCAUUUAUUAAAUUCUUAAAUUAAUAUAAAUUAAUAAUUAGAAAUCAAUAAGUUGAAUUCAAAUAAUAAUAUUUAGAACCUGGAAAUUUAGUAUUAAAUAAUUCAACCAAAUCAAUAUUUUAAAUUGUGGCAUCUAGAACAUCCAGUGAAUUUGAAUAUUAUUAUAGUGAUUUUUUUCUUAAAAAUCUAACUACUUUUACAACUUCUUUGACUAUUAAUAAAUUAUUAAUAUUAGUAACUAAAGAAAUAAUUGAAAAUAAAGACAAUUUUAAAUCAUUUUUAGAUAAAUUAGAUUCCUUCAUUAAAUCUAGAUAAUAUAAAAUAACAUAGCCUUAAAUAUAUGAUAUAAAUAAUAAUUUGAAUGAAAUUAUAGAUACAUAUGUUACUGAAGAUGCUUAUGUACUUUUUGUUGGAGAUUCAAAUACAGAUUUUUCAUAAGCAAGAAAUAAUUUAUUGUCUAAGGCCAUUCCUAAUUAAAUAAUUAUCCUUCCAAUCCAAGAUCAAGAGAUCAAUAGAUUAUUAGCAAUGAUGACUGCAAAUCUUGGUAGUGUACCUUGGUCUAUUAAAGAAAUUAAUGGUUAGAUAAAUAAUAAAAAGAGUGCUGUCUUAGGAAUUUGGAAAAGCGAUAAUUCCUUUUCUGCAUGUCUUAGUAUUAAUAAAUAUUUCAACAAAUAUAUAUCAUCUUUUGGAGAUUUAGAUUAAAUUCUUACUCUUCUUUUAACAACAUAUUAUGCCACACAUAAAAUAUUAGCAAAUUAAAUCAUUAUAUUUGCAGAAGAUGAUUAUACACAGAUUAUGGAAUAAAUAAUACAAAGAGUCAUUUAAUUAAUAUAAAAUCAAGAAUUAGCUUAACAAAUCAUAAUACCUGAAAUUAUUAUGGUUUAAGUAAAGGAUGCAAAUGCAGAAAGAUACUUCACUUAUUUCGAGAGGAAUUUGUAAAAUAUAUUAUCUUAUUUUAGUGAAUCUUACUAUUGUAAAAACCCUUAAGUUGGUUGUAUAGUCCCUAUAAAUGAAAAGUAGGGUAGAUUUUCAUUCCAUUCAUAGAGAGGAGAAUAAGGAUGUUUACAAGCAUAAUAAUUAUACAUUAGUUCAAUCAACACAAAAGAAAUAGCUUAAUUAUACUAUCAUUUAAUAUUCUUAAAUUUCGAUUUGAGUUCUAUCACUUAUUUACCAGCACCACUUCAUUAUGCAAAAAAAUUGUCAAAAUAUCAACUUUAGAGUUAAUAAUACAAAAAAGCAAUAGAAAAAGGAUUUUUGUUAUUUGUUUGA